UGUGUGGCGGUCGUUUGACCCUGCUCGACUGACCAGACCAACCUGGUUGCACGCAGCCAGCUUGUUCGAGGAUUCCGCUGUUGCUGCUCAGUGUUCGCUGGCUCGCAGACCUAAUUGCGCUAGAAAGCGAACAGCAGUCGGAUUUCGGGGCUUAGUAGUGUCUGCUAAGGGUCGAAUAAAGCUUAGAAAUCCGACGCCUGGCAUAAAGCUCUGGGGAAGAGAGCCGCUCACUAAAUAGGCUUAGAGAUCCUUGCUAGCGAACACGGUGCUCAAGAGUCAGGCUCGAGGAUUUCGAGGCGUAUCGGCUUUCAAUAAACGACUGACUUUCCCUAUUAUAUUUCUUGUAGGAUUUCGAGGCGUAUCGGCAGAUUUACAGCCUGCCGCUUCCUCCUCGAAUCCGCAGUAACUUCGACUGGAAAUCGUCCCGAAAAGCGUCGUUCGUCGCUAGAACUGAGAAGGCCGUUCCCAGUCGCGUGGAUCAGGAUGUCAAACAGCGACGAGGACUACUACCAGGACUCGGACGACGAGCAGGUGGAGGACUCGGAGGAGGACGAGGACUACGGCUUCGACGAUCCAGACGUCGACGACGACGAUCCCGUGCUGCGACCCAGACAGGUGCGGUACAAGAUCCUCUCGGAGAAGGACAUUCUGCAGCGGCAGCAGGAGGCGAUCAGCGACGUGGCGACCGUGCUCUCCAUCCCCACCGACGACGCCGCCAUCCUGCUCAGGCACUUCAAAUGGAGCGUGAGCCAGGUGAACGACGAGUGGUUCCAAGACGAGGACCGCGUGCGGAAGGCCGUGGGGCUGCCGCGCCCGCACUCCCCAACCUCGUCCGCAGCCUCGGACAGGAGGCCCGGGAAAGAGCCCGAGCCCCAUCUGACGUGCGGCAUCUGCUUUGAGAGCUACCCCCAGGCCGCCAUGAAGCCAGCAGAGUGCAACGACCACUUCUUCUGCGACGCCUGCUGGAGAGGCUACGCCAAGGCAGCGGUGGCGGACGGCCCGGGGUGUCUGUGUCUGCGGUGCCCCGACCCGUCGUGCGGGGCGGCGGUGGGGGAGAAGCUGGUGCUGGCUUCGCUGCCAGACGCCCUGCGCGCCAAGUACCUCAAGUACCUGCUGCGCUCCUACGUGGACGACAACCGGAAUGCCAAGUGGUGCCCGGCGCCAGGGUGUGAGUACGCGGUGGAGUACCUGCCGGACUCCACGCACUACGACGUCAUGUGCAAGUGCUCCUUCGGCUUCUGCUGGAACUGCUUGGAGGAGGCGCAUCGGCCGGUGGACUGUGAGACAGUGGGCAAGUGGAUUCUCAAGAACAGCGCCGAGUCGGAAAACAUGAACUGGAUUCUGGCCAACUCCAAGUCGUGUCCCAAGUGCAAGCGGCCGAUUGAGAAGAACCAGGGGUGCAUGCAUAUGACGUGCACGCCGCCCUGCAAAUACGAGUUCUGUUGGCUGUGUCUAGGAGCGUGGUCGGAGCACGGAGAGAAGACGGGCGGGUUCUACGCGUGCAACCGAUACGAGUCAGCCAAGCACGAAGGAGUGUACGACGAGACGGAGAGGCGGAGAGAGAUGGCGAAGAACUCACUGGAGAAGUACACGCACUACUACGAGCGAUGGGCCGCCAAUGAGCAGUCCAGAGUGAAGGCGCUAGAGUCGCUGCGUGAGAUGCAGACUGUCAAGAUCGAGCAGCUGAGUGAGCGCCACAGCCAGCCGGUCUCACAGCUCAAGUUCGUCAUCGAUGCGUGGCUUCAGGUGGUGGAGUGCCGCCGUGUAUUGAAGUGGACGUACGCCUAUGGGUAUUACCUCCCAGAGGCGGAGGUGGCGCGGCGGCAGUUCUUUGAGUACCUGCAGGGCGAGGCGGACGCAGCGCUGGAGAAUCUGCACAAGAUGGCGGAGAAGGAGCUCGAGCUCUACAUCUGCGACGACGGGGACCCGCCGCCCACGCCCUUCAAUGACUUCCGGUCGAGACUGGCUGGGCUCACCAGUGUGACGCACACCUACUUUGAGAACCUGGUUCGGGCCCUCGAGAACGGCCUAGCAGACGUGGAGAACGCCUCUACUGCCGCCUCCUCCACCCGCGCCGCUGCUGCCGCUGCCGCAGCUGCGGCCGGCCGGGCCAUCGCCAGCACGUCGCGCAUCCAGCAGUCACGCUUCGGCGGCCGCAGCCGGUCGCGCACCACCGCUGCUGCUGCCACCGCCUCCACCUCCGCCGCUGGCUCCUCUGCUGCUGGCCCUAGCAGCUCUGCUGGGGCAGCGGCAGCAGCUGGGGCAGGGUCGAGUCGGGGAGGUAUUUUCCGGUCGUCGUCAUCGCAAGCAGCUGCUGCUGCAGCGGCGGCGGCAGCGGCGGUGACUGUGGGGAAUGCUGGGGGGAGGGAGCGGGAAGAGACGGCGUAUUGGUCGUGUGAGCACUGCACUUUCGCGAAUCCAUUGCCGGGCCGAGCGUGCGCUAUGUGCCACCUGCCCGUGGCGGCACACGUUGAGGUGGAUAGGGUGUCGGGUCGGGUGGGUGUGCCUACCGUGCAUUGCAUUUCAAGCACUUGUACGCUGUAAUAGAGCUAACCAGCUGAUGUAGCCUGCGUUGUAUUUUGUAAUCAUCCUCCUCCACAUGCAAGUGUUUCAUGAGUAGUGAUGUGAUAUUCCUUGUGUUGGUAGUGCUAUAAGUGGGGGAAUAUGGCAGAGUUCGACCUCGCAACAACUACGUAGCCAUACGCCUUGUACCAAACCACUUCAUUGUACGGUUUAUGCGUCCGGGUGUACCGAAGAGUUCCUUCAACGUGUC